CGGUUGCAGCGCUCCAUCUGUAUCCGCGAGCGCUGUGAAUAUUCGGCCCACAUACGGUAAUGAGCGGACCGUGGAGAGCUUUUCCUCCUGCUGAGCGAGCGCUCUGGUGGAACACUGCUGUAUUUAAUAUUCACAUCAAUGCAAAUUAAAAAUUAAUGAAAUGAGAAAAUGAACGCGGAGAAAACCCCGGUCCGGUCCGGUCCGCUUCACCCCGAACCACCCCCUUCCCCCCUCCCCCGGCUGUGAGGCGCCUGGAGCCGGAGAGGAAAGCUCUUUUUCGGUCAGAUGGCGUGCCGCAGUCCGCCCCCGCACUUCUCUCGCCCACACCAGCAGCAAAAAGACUCUCAUUAACAACCCAGAUCCUGCCAGCUACAAGCAGCCAGGCAGGGCAGGGACUCGGACGCUCCGACACGAACACUCCGUCUUAUUUCCCCUCUGUUUACACUCAAGUGGAUUUUUUAUAUACAUAAAUAUAUAAAUAUAAAUAAUAAUAAUGCGGGGAUCCUGCAGCGCGCAUGCGCACUUCAACUCGGAGCAUUAACCCAGACUUAUUCGAGGCGAUUUGCUUUUUUCUUCGUUUUGGACGCAAACAUGAAGCGGCGCGUUUUUAUUCUGUAAAAAAGCCCCCCACACACCUAUCCUACCGAGAUUAGCUCCAGAGAAAGAAACCGAGAAGAGGGCGAGGAGGAAAACCAACGGGGUUUCGAAAUCUCACUAUUCGCCGGCUCUGAAUCCUGAAUCGGUUCUUUUUGGAGUCCCACACGCAAAACAGCAGGACGAUGUCUGUGCCACGGACGCUGGGUGAGCUGCAGCUGUAUCGUGUGCUGCAGAGGGCCAACCUUCUGAUGUACUACGACACCUUCAUCCAGCAGGGCGGCGAUGACGUGCAGCAGCUGUGCGAGGCUGGAGAAGAGGAGUUCCUCGAGAUCAUGGCUCUGGUUGGGAUGGCGACGAAACCCCUGCAUGUGCGGCGCUUGCAGAAAGCCCUGCGCGACUGGGCUGCGAAUCCGGCCGUCUUCAACCAACCCCUGACGUCGGCCAUAGGAGGAAUCCCGCUUUUUAAAAUCGACAGCAUCGUGAGCUCGCGGAAGUCCAUAAGCAACGGUCAGCCUGCGUCCCCGUGUGACCGGGAAGAUCAGGGAGCCUGCCUGACUCCACUCCGUGAUAACGGAAGCCCGAGAAGCCCGUGCUCCCAGGCAUCGCCACUUCCACCAGACCAUCAUCUUUACAGGGACAAACUGUCCCCCAUGGAGCCUCACUGGCUUAGCCCUGAAUUAGACGGGAGCGUCGGAGCAGAGGAAGACCAGCCGAGUCCGCCUUUGCCUCUUUUGGUCCACUCCCGGAACAUAGGUCCCUCGACACCUCCCACAUCUUCCUCCUCGUCCUCUUCCCCUUGGCCCGGAGGACAGCUGGAUUUGGACACGGUGAAGGCGGUAGGGGAAAGUGUGGAGCGUCUGUACAGGACGGUGCCGCACACAGACCCAGCCGACGUGAAGAGUCUCCUCAGGCUGAAUAAGAAGAUGGCUAAGACGGUGGGUCACAUUUUCAACAUGGAGGCACACGACAAGAGUAAAGAGGAGGAGAUCCGCAAGUACAGUCUCAUCUACGGCCGCUUCGACUCCAAGAGGAGAGAGGGCAAGCAGCUGACACACCACGAGAUGAUCAUCAACGAAGCGGCGGCGCAGUUCUGCAUUCGCGACAACGCGCUCUUACUGAGACGGGUGGAGCUGUUCUCUCUGGCUCGCCAGGUGGCGAGGGAAUGCGCCUACACCUCCACGCUGAAACACAGCAGAACCAACUCUGAGGACUGUACCAACUCCUUUUCGGACAACAGCGCUCCGAAAAAAAUCAAACUUGAGGUGAUGGAUUCAGACGCUCUCAUCCCCAUACGUGGACCGAAAAGCUCAGACGGGGCAAUUCACGGCGGCCUGAGGCCUGCAGCAGACGAGGACAGUCUAUCAGGAGAAAGUCUGGACAGUUUAUCUCACGAUGUAGGGCCUCACUCUCUCCCCUCGUCAUCCCCCCGCCCCCUCGCCGACACCAUCGGCCCAGUCACCUGGAGUCGCCAGCUCAUGCAGCAAACGCUCAUGGACGAGGGCCUACGAUUGGCUAGAAUGGUGUCACGUGACCACGCUGCCAAGGUCAGCCUAGGGUCAGAGAAGAGACAGACUUCAGAGCCAGAGGGCCGAGCAUCAGACAGACGAGGCUUAAACGCGUCCCACCAGAACAGCAGUCCUGCCAGUACCAAAGACGACCCUUAAGAAGGAACACCAGCAGGAGCCAGAAGUUGCCUUGCUGCCCUACUCAGGUCUCAUACGACUCGAACUCUCCAGAGAUUUCCACACCCACUUUCCCAAAACUGUCUCAUGUAGUUAGCACACAACAGGUUCGAAUAAAUAGGAUGUCAGAACAUCCAGUGUCAGACCGUUCUUCUGUUAUGGGUCGUUGGCUGGAUGAAGAUGUGUGUUGUAGAUCAGAUUUGGUUCUGAAAGGUCAGAGUUCAGUACAGUUAAGUGAAUUAUCAGGUCGCUGUAUAAAAUGAAUCAUCUAUGAUUACAUACAAUUUAGAGCUGUUUUGCUGCAACACUGCAAUACUGUAAUCGUUAUGUGACGAACACACACACAUUAAUACUGAAAUAAUGCAGCAUUUCAUUUGACUGAUCAUAUUCACAGAGGCCAAACCUAUUAUGAAUAGUUUUACAGAUACAGAGACCGCACUCCCUGAUUUUGGACUGACGGAUAUCGAGGCCACAUCAUCACUGUGACUGACACAGAAGCCACACCUUCUUUCUUUGGACUGACACAAUCACUGGGACAAAAUAAAAGACCACACCUUUUUCCGAGACUGAUACACUGCCAGGAAACAUCUUCAUACUGGGACAUAAACAAAGAGUCCAUGGUUUCUUCAGUCCAUUUUUUUUUUUUAAGUCUAGCAGGCUCGGAGACCACACCUCCUUUAUUAGGAGAGACUUAAACAAAGACCAUGCCCCCUUUUUUUUUUACGACUGACACCUCUCUUUCCACGGAACUAACUUUCGGUUUUAUUUGUAAAGUGCGUUUAACAACAGACACUGUACCAAUUUUAAUUGAUUCUUAAUAUGUCAGUCGUCCCGGAGGCCACAUUGAUAAUGAUAUUGGUAUUGAUCGUGCAUUAGAGAGUGUAACAGCAAAAAAACAAAGCAUAAUCCUACAGUGCAUUAGGCCUGUCUCUAAAUCAUGUACCCUAUUACCCAGAAUGCACUUUGUGCCUGUCAUGUGCUGAACUCUG